AUGAGUAACUUAGAGAAUAUUUCAACAAUUGAUCUUUUGAAUGAAUUGAAAAGAAGAUAUUCAUGUUUAAGUAAACCAGAUGGAAGAUAUAUUUUUUUAGGUGCUCCAGGAUCAGGAAAAGGAACACAAUCAUUAAAUUUAAAAAAAUCUCAUUGUUAUUGUCAUUUGUCCACUGGUGAUUUAUUAAGAGAAGCAAUAGAAAAAAAAAGUGAAAUAGGAAAUAAAGUAAAGGAUAUAAUAAGUGAAGGAAAAUUAGUCGAUGAUGAUAUUGUAUUGUCAUUAGUAGAUGAAAAAUUAAAUUCCCCUCAAUGUAGAAAAGGAUUUAUUCUUGAUGGUUAUCCAAGAAAUGUAAAACAAGCAGAAGAUUUGAAUAAGUUAUUACAAAAAAAUCAAACCAAACUAAAUGGAGUUUUUUAUUUUAGUGUUCCAGAUGAUGUAUUAGUUAAAAGAAUUAGUGGUAGACUAAUACAUAAGCCAUCUGGAAGAAUUUAUCAUAAAAUUUUUAAUCCUCCAAAAACUCCUUUCAAAGAUGAUAUUACUAAUGAACCUUUAAUACAAAGAGAAGAUGAUAAUGAAGAGGUUUUAAAAAAAAGAUUACAUAUUUUUAAAAAUGAAACAACACCUUUAAUAAGUUAUUAUAAAAACAAAAAUUUACUGAUUAAUUUAGAUGCUACACAACCACCUCAAGAUUUGGAAAAAAAAAUUUCAGAGCAUAUAGAUAAUUAA